AUCUUCCCCCCCCCCCCCACCACACUAGUCUCCUCUCUCCUCUCCCUUUAAAAUCCCCUCCCAUAACUCCUCAGACAUCCAUUAAUGCCAAACAAGGGGAGCUCAUUCACAAAUUCAAAACUGUUGUUCAAAUCUCACUUCUCAACAGGGUGAUAGACAGGUCUGCGUAGACUGUGGAAAGAUUCAAUGAGCAAGAAGAUAAUGAAGCUUCCUUCUCUGUUCAAGGGCAAAGACACAAAGGCUUCAUGGCAAUGGCCCUCCUGCAAGCACCCCAAGACCCUCUCAUUCCGGGCCGGUGACGACAUGUUCAAGACCAUCAACUCGGUUUUCUUUGACCCCACUGAUAUGAACACUGCAGCAGAGUCAUGGUUUACCAACUCAUCGGAGUCGGGGAGCUUCUCUACGGUGUCGGAGGACUCCGGAGGUGAGUCACUGGAGAUGGUCAUCCGUGGGUUGCGAUCCGAGAGGCUGUUCUUUGAGCCCGGCGAGACCAAUUCGAUCCUGGAGGAAGCCAAGGCCGGUGAGUUCCCAUUCAAGGAGAGUGUGGUGUUGGCGAUGGAGUCACAGGACCCAUACGUGGACUUCCGGACAUCAAUGGAGGAGAUGGUGGAAGCUCAUGGCCUGAAGGACUGGGAGUGUCUGGAGGAGUUGUUGGGAUGGUAUCUGAGGGUGAAUGGGAAGAAGACCCACGGUUUCAUAGUUGGGGCGUUUGUUGAUUUGCUUAUUAGCCUUUCUUCAUCUCCAUCUUCAUCUUCUGCUUCCUUGUCUUCACUAAUAGGAGAGGAGGAGGAGGAGGGGACUCAGGAGGAAAGAAAUAGUUCUUCCUUAACAGAGGAAGACAAUAUUAAUGUUUCCUGCCUUAGAGACUUGUUGGCUAUAUCUUGAUCUCUUUCAGUCCAUUGUAUUAUUCUUUCUUUUGUAAUCUGUAUAAUACAUAGUAAGCUUAGAAGAAUGAAUUGAGAAAUUAUUUAACAUCAAUUAUCAUACAUCAGUUCUUGCUCUC